CGGGUGUGGGGGUUGAAUGGACGUGCACGAUAAGUCGUGAGUGCAGCGACCUUUCGGAAGGUGUGCGCGCCACGAGCUGUGCCUGGGGGUGAAAGGCGGGCGAGAAAAGGUACAAAAGGCGACGCUUCAGAGGUGGGGUCCUAUUCAUCACCAUAUCCCCCCAUCCACCUUUCCCCACUUUCCCUCUGACCGCCAGCUUUUCCCUUCUCACCUCUACACUCACGCUCUCAAUAUGCUCUCCAGCAUCGUCAUCAAGUCUGUUCUGGCUGUUGCCACGCUGGCCUCUGCCGCGCUAUCGGCUCCCGCUGCCGGCACGAUCUCCUGUGGCCCUCUUUCUACCAAGGCCACCCAGCUCCAGCUUGGCAACGGCAACGCUGGCGGUUACAUCACGCCCUUCACCGUUGGACAACAAACUUCUGCUGGAGGUCAAGUGCAGCUUGUGGAGCUCAAGGGCGCUGCGAAGAAGCUGGAGGUCUUUCACCAACAGUGCAACAGCACCCACCUCGGCUUCACCUUCCACGAGCAGUACUACCCCGGAGACUCUCCCAUCAAGCUCAAGCUCGCUUCUGACACCACCAAGUGUGUGCAGAGACACGCCGCUCUCCACUCCAACAACCCUUCAGGUCGCACGCAUUUGACCAUCGAGCCAUGCAGCGACGUCGACAACGCUGAUCAGGCCAGGCAAUUCUUCAACUUCUACAACCCCUACGGUGAGAUCACCUCGAUCUACAAACGCAACGGAAAGAUUGGCAACUACGGCUACGCCACAAGCAAAGGCAGUCCCAACGCCAUUCUGGUCGGCGACGAGAAGAAUGUGCAGCCAGCAGGAACGAAUGGCUACCCUCCGGUCCUCUUCCUCAAGUCGUAGAGACGAAAAGUCCGUCUUCGAUGUUACCAUCAGCCCAUCAUUCCCCCCCUGCUUCGUGACCCGCACCAUCGUUUCCCCCCUCUUCCUACCCAGCGAAGCUACAUUCAGACUUUCUUUGUAGUAGCAAAUUGAAACGCGUGAACAAUCCAUCGAGAACGUGUCUCCCCCG